AUAAAAGUAAAUAAAAAUAGUGAGGAAAAAAAAAUAUCAUCACUUUGAAUUAUAAAUUGUUCAUAAGUCUUAGUUACUAGUAACUAAAAUCAUGAAGCCUUUGUCGAUUCAAUUUUCAAUUAUGACUAUUUUGUCACUCAAUUUAGCGCUUGGACAAGAUAAGACUGCACAAGUGAAAUUAGAAAAAAUAACAGUAGAUAUUGCGCCAAAUAAUCCAUACUUUGAGGAUUGGUCUGGCGAAAUAUUGAGUCCUGGAAAUGCAUUCUCUCUCAAAUGCCCAAUAAAAAAAGAUUACCCUGAAAAUAUGAUGGGAAAACUAAUUGCUGAAUUUGAGGGCAAUGUAAUUGUUGAAUACGACGUAAAAGUAUGUGAUGGGUACGAAGAUGAUGAAAUUCGUCGAGAUUUUUUCAUAAAUGGAGUGUUUAGUGAAAAUUUUCCCAAAAAUUGUCCAGUCAAAGCUGGGGACUAUGAAAUAAUCAAGUACACAAUUCCAACAGAUAAAUUACCAUCAGAUUCACCAGAUGGUAAAUUUGUUAUAAUAGGGUCUAUAUAUGAAACUGGUAACGAUCCAUACCUAUCAGUCCGUUAUGAAGGUGAAGUAAUUCAUCAAUAAUUUAAUGUUUAUUGAAUUCAAACGUUCAAUGUUAUUAGUUUUGGUUGUGGUUUUUUAUUCGAUCUUUUUUGAAUGCACAGCAACAAAAAGUUAAAUUUAUGUAGAUUUUUGUUGCUUCAUUGCUGAUUAUUAUGCAGCAAUAAUUAUAAUUUCACAUGUUCAAUAGAUGAUAAGUUUGGUUGAGGAAAUAAAAAAUGUAAUGAAUU